GUGUAGCGCCAGGGCGGAAGUGACGCAGCAACGAAACAAAUUGCCGCAAAACGCGUUUGGCGCGCUGAAAGAGGGAGCCUGGGGAACUUGAGAAAGAGAUUGAAAUGGCUAAUGUUUACGAGUCACCGAAAUCUCGCAUAAACUCUGGCAUGCUACCUCAAUAUAUAAGCAAGCCAGUUUGUUUUGUCGGAUGCGUCGAAACGGUAAUGUAGUGCUCCUUAAGGUGCAUCCGAGUGGCAAGUCGUUUGUUCUGAUAGACGGGGAGGGCAAGAAGGCAACAGUGGAACUUAACGACCCGAUUGAUGAAGAAUUAAGUGGAAUCGUUGAGGUCAUCGGGAUGGUGUCCAACAAAGCCGCCAUCGUGGCCACUGCUUACCAGAUACUGCGAGAUGACAAGGGGACGGCAUUUGACCUGGAACUGUACAAUGAAGCACUUAAAAUUAUCCACGAUUUCCCCGAGUACUAUCCGUUUGAGGUCUCUACGGGUGGGUUUUAAUGUUGGUUGUUCGGCCAGCCAGAAGAGCGCAUCACUGUCGCUGGAAUAUUUUGGUGACUUACUACUCCUAUAGCUGUAUGGAUUCUUUGUUCUGCUUCAGAACUGUCAUGUGCUUGAUCCAUAUCUAUCUGUAAUGUUAAUUUUGUUUUUUAUAUAUAUAAAAUUUUGGAAACAACUGGUUUGUAUCAAAACUAGCAAUGGUUUCUUGAAUUGGUUUUUGACACGUGGAUUGUUUUAUAAUACAGCAGUUGUACUACAGCCGAGGUUUCAGGCCCCCAACCUGUCACCCUGCCAUAUAAUCUGGAAAAUACAAGGCAUCGAGAACCCCA